AUGAAUUUAGAUGAUAUCUAUAAUUGGUAAACUUUAUAAGUUAUUGAUAGGAUUCUGAGUCAUAAAAAUAACUAUCCUGGUAAGCAUUAAGAAUCUUAACCAAGAACUAUAUAAUCAUACAAACCUUUAGAAGCAAAAGCACAAGUAAUAUUUAUUCUUUAUUCUAAUAGUUUCAUAUUGUUAUUAGGGCUACUGCUGAAUAUAUUAAAGAGAAAAUGCUCAAUGGAAAUGUAAUAAUGUUUUAUAAUUUGAAAGGGUGUUAAUUUAAAAGAAUUUGGAGCAUUUACAAUGGAAAUAAUAUCAGAUUAUGUUAAACCAUUAUAACAUUCUGGUUUUAAAAUGACUGAAGAUUUAGAUAUUCAAAGAGCUGAUCGUAAACAUGUACACACAAUUAGGUAUUUGAAGUUUAUUAUUCAGACCAUGUUUUAUUCCAGAUAAUUAAUUCAAAUACUUCCUAUAGAGAUAUCCUGGAAAAGAAGAAGUUUCUAAACCUUCGAGUCAACAUUCAAUUUAUUAAAAAGGAUUUGGAAUGAAUUUUUGUAAUGCAGGACCAAUAGCUGCUUCUUGGUAAUAAUUGAUGAUAGAUUAUAUUAGUUAUUUAGGUAAAGAUGUUGUAUAAUCUAUACAUUACUAUUUAAUUAAGGCAAUAUAAGAUUUAACUAGACUUGGACAUGAUUUACAUAUUGAUUUUGGAUUUAUUAAAAUAAGUGUCUUAAAUAAAGAUCUAAAAUAUAAAUAUGAAUAAUCAUUUAUUAAUAUGUUGAAUUAGACUGAUUACGAAUUAAAAGUAAUUUACUAACUCAUUGUUUGUAGAUGCGUAAGUCAGAUAUGGCUACAUCUCAACAUUGGAGGACUACUUAAGAAGAGAAAUGGUCUAAAAGUACUUUAAAUAAUUUACUUACCAGACCAAAUCCUACUCAAGUUUAAGAAAAUUAUGAAAAAUCAAUGGCUCUUAAAAUUAUGUCAUUAGAUCUCAAUACUGCUGAAUAAACACAUUAUAGUAAAAAUUAGAAAGUUAAAUUACCAGCUUUAAAUAAAUGAA